AAAUAUCCUCGGCACGGGUAAGCCAGUCCCUACGCAGCGAGUGUAUGGGUGGAGGAGAGUUUACGAGACAGUUUCUAACGCAUCGGGAGAGCGUCCGGCGCGUCCUCCGCCGGCUCUGACGGCCGAGCUGCCGUAAAUGAUCGCGUGCGCGCGCGCCGGUGAAAGUUUAUCCUCGGGCUGCCGUUGGGGUUGCGCUCUCGGUGUCUCGGACCCUCGACUCUAAAAUGGCUGGCUGCGGGUCCGAGGGAGCUCCGGGGCGAAGGGAAGGAUCCGUUCCUCACCGCGACUGGCUGUAAAUAUACACGUUUCUCUUCUCCGACCGACGCGUUAUAGCGACGGCGUCGUCCCGGGUCCGAGAGCAGUCGGCAUGUCGUCACGCACCACACUCAGAUUGGCGUUUCGGACCUAGGACUAAAUAUAAAUGGGUAUGCGCCAAAAUGGAUUCUCAGUUGGCUUCAGUCCUGACCAGGGGCAGCCUGGAUGUCCAAAAUGGCAGCCACCGUGCAGAGGGAUCAGGGCCAGCGACAGAGGGCUUUUUGGACCCAAAGGAAGAAACCUCACGCUGUACUGUACCAGGUAGCCCCGAGCCGUGCCCUGAUAAAGAAGCACUAACCAUCAGGCAGUCUGCUCCAUCAAUCAAUGGGAAUAAGCCAGAGGUGGGCGGGACUUCUAAGCCAGCCUCUCAGGAAACAAGAACGAUUGGUGUGUUCAGACAGCCAAUCACAGUAAAGACUGGAGUGCCUGUGUUACGCAGCCAACCUAUCCGACUCAAAAUUGUUGUGCCCCCACGGUGCAACAGGCCAAUCACAAACUCUGCCAUCAGCCCGACCAAAGACUUUGCUCACUCACAUUUUAGAAGACCUGUUUUGGUCCCAGCUGGAGCAGAAACAAACUGUAAAAUCCUAAUAUCUGCUGUUAAGAAUGAAGAAGAAGUCACUUAUCAUACGACUGAGGAAGCUAAGCCAGAAUCAAUCCACGAGGAAACGAUGUGCAAAGAGAAACAUGUUUCAGGUGUUCAAAUCAUUCACACUGAUGGGUCAGAAACACCUUUAAUUUCAAGCACUAAUACUGUUAAAAUAUUGAGCCUGAAAGGAGUUAAAGAGGAAACUACAGAGAAACACAUUGAGGAAAAUAUUCCUCUAAUUUUGAAAGAUAUGGAUUUUAAGUCUUGUUUGACGUUUGAUGAAAUGGGAAUGGAGGAACAGACAGAACCUCUGGACCUGAGUUUGCCCAAGAAAAGAGAGAGGAGGUGUGAACGCCUCCUGGAGGACUCUGGCUGCGAGAGCUCGCUUAUUAUGGAGGUAGAUGAAUACGAGGGAGAAGGAGACAGAGAUAUAGUUGAAGAGGACAAUGAUACUGAAGGAGAGGUCUCUGUGCUGCGUAUGGACGCCACAGACACCCUUGAAGACUCCCUCCUGUCCCCCGCCUUCUUCUCUACCUCUGUCUUUACCUCCCUCUCCUCUAUAGACUGUGACACGAGCAACCUUCUUCUCAUUGACGACGAAGGAAUACCGUACACGCUCAAUCCAGACGGACUCAAAGUGCCGCAAGUCGAUGCUUCCACCUCAGAGGAUCAGGGAGAAGCAAUGGGGUCCCCACAAUUGUCCACGUUGGCAGAUCCUAGCCUCAGCCAAAGUUUAGAUAAUGCACUAAAUGCACCUUGUGAUCAUCUCUACAGCUCACCAGCCCCUGCUGCGGAUUCUCCAUCAGUAAGUGCUGAUCGAACAAAACCUCCAGAGGUCUUCACGAGUUUGAUUACAAACUCAGAACCCCCUGAUGUCGCAGAGCCAUCUCUAGAAACUGUUCUGGAGGCUAAUGCUGUGAUAUCAAUCCCCACCCAACCCAUUCAGAUCCUCACUAACCCUUCUUCUAACACUCCUAUUCUCCUGCUGUCAUCCUCCUCCUCCUCCUCCUCCUCCUCACCUCAGCUCUCCUCGGCUCAGGUGGGUCUCUCACUUCCCCUUUCAGUUACUCAGACCUCCUCCGGUGCUUCCAACCCAAUGUUUCUCCUCCUUUCGCCUGUACCCUCUUUCUCCGGUGACUCUGCCUCUACCUCCACCCCUAUCGCCGUCCUUGACCCUUCGACCGGUCAGUUGUCCCAGAUCACGGCAGCCUCGGCCCCCGUCUCCCUCCCGUUGCCCCCCAGUCAGGCCGGCGCGCUGGGAUCACCAUUGCCCACGCUGUCCCACCCCGUCAUCAGACUGAGCCCCAACAACGCCCCUGACAUCCUGUCAGGAGUGACCAAUAUAAACUCUGUUCUCACCUCUCUAACCGGCUGUUCGUCCUCUCCCGCUCUCCAAAACGACCGCCGCAGCGCACGCCUUCAUUCUCAAGUCAGCCCUUCUGAUUCAAAACCUGGAAGCGAAGCCAUAGCUGCUGAAGAAGUCUCAAGGGAAAACAACAAGCCAUCAACUUUUACAACAUCCUCUCCACACUCACAGUCUGCUAGUUUGACCGUUGACCCCUUAGCUCAGCCCUGCGCGGAGGCCCAAUCACCAGUCUCUGAGCCCCGAUUUGAGCCGUCUGACCUCCACUCAGAACAUUUACCUCUGGACGACCAUCUUUACUUCUCCGCGGCUGCUCCUCCCUCCCCUCCCAUCGGACCCAUUCUCCCCUCUGAUAAUCUUGACCCGCUGGAUCCUCUAUCUCCAGAGGGGUCACCCAAUGCCAUGGCGUCCCGCAGGGUGAUGUACUGCCAGCUGUGCCCGCGGGUCUUCUUUUACCUCUCUGACCUUGAGCGCCACGCCAUCACGCACUCGCAGAAGAAGCCUCACGUUUGCCAGCAGUGCGGCAAAGCCUUCAAACGCUCCAGCCAUCUGCAGAGACACAAGCACAUCCACACAGGACAGAGGAACUUUGUGUGCCCCAUCUGCGCCAAACGCUUCAGGGAGGCCGGUGAGCUCCAGCGCCACCAACGGGUCCACACCGGGGAGAAACCCUACCAGUGCCAACUUUGCCACACGCGAUUCGCAGAGCGCAACACGCUACGCCGACACACCAAACGCAAACAUCCGUACCACCAAGUAGCCAUGGAAAUGCUGAACGAGAGGCGAGACCGAGGAGGAGGAGGAGGAGGCGGCGGCGUGGGAUCCGCCGUGCAGGACGAAGAAGAGAGCGCCGAGUGGUACAGCUCCACGGUGUCCAAUUUGGAAAACUCUGAGUCUGAGAUGGAAACUUAAAAGAGUUUUCUGCAGAUAGACUCCCAACGUGAAGGGAAGGAGGGUGAUCAUAUGUAACUCUGGUUUAACACUAAACUGUUCUCAUUUAUUUACACUGAGCUAAUUUAUUUAUAUGAAUGUAUAUUAUUCCCAUUCCAUGUCGAGGUCAAAACUUCAGCCAGUCAUAAUUGAUUUUGACGUUUGCCUUCCUGUAUGAAAUAGUUGCAUACAUGUACUGUAUAUGAAAUGGGAAAGCUCAUGCUUGAAAUCAUGGUUUUUAUGUGAGUUCAUAAUAUUAAUUAGACUGCUAACGUGCACCCAUGAAGCCCCGUUCCCAAUAUAAAACCCUCAAGUGCUCAGAAAAGAAGGAUAACUUAUUUGCUCUAAACACUCCUCUGCUCUAGCUGUGUAUAUAAAGAGUACUACUUGUAAGAGCUGCACUUCUGCACUAUGUUAUGUGAAAGAUGUAAUCUAUCUUUCUUACCGUCAGAGACACUGUGAGUCAUUUGCACUUGUUUUAUUUCAAUAUUCACUUUUUUUACAGGAAAAUGCUUACUUUAACUUUUCUGCAGCUGUUGAAUUUUAAAUAUGUAACUCAUCAUGUGAGAGUUUGACCAAAUGUUUUUUUGAGUUAUUCUAACAAACACUUUAU